UGGGAGUUGGGAGUGACACCGCGGCACCUCCACUGCAGUAGUCUUGUUGCCGGCGGCGGCGGCGGCGGCGGCGCGGAGAAAUUCGGCGAACGAUGGCGGACUCCGGAAGCCUGAGGAAGCGGGAGGAGAAGGAAGAGGAGGACGACAUUGUCUGCCUGGAUCCUUCCUUCUUCGUGGACCGCAGCUACGAGAUGACGACCUUCACCUUCGGAUCCCACGAGUUGCGCCUCCUCUGCCUCCGCGCCGCUUCCACGCCACUGACAGGCAAUUUAAUGAUUGAUGCAGCUGAUUUUGAUCUUACUGGACAGUUAGUGUGGCCAGGGGCAGUCCUUAUGAACAACUACCUAUCUCAACACCCUGAAAUUGUGAAGGGAUGUUCAGUAGUUGAGCUAGGAUCUGGGAUUGGCAUUACUGGCAUAUUGUGUAGCCGUUUCUGCAAGGAGGUUGUCUUGACUGAUCACAAUGAUGAAGUUCUGGAGAUUAUAAAGAAAAAUAUAGAGUUGCAGUCAUGUUCUGAGAAUGCACAUGCAGUGUUGACAGCCGAGAAACUAGAGUGGGGAAACUCAGAUCAUUUAAGCGGUAUUAUUGAAAAACAUCCUGGUGGAUUUGAUCUUGUUCUUGGAGCUGAUAUUUGCUUCCAGCAAUCUAGCAUUUCCUGCCUCUUUGAUACUGUAGAGAGGAUUGUUCGUAUUCAAGCUGGUAAAUGCAGAUUCAUAUUGGCUUAUGUAUCCCGAACUAAAGUCAUGGAUGCACUAGUACUCAAGGAAGCUGAAAAGCAUGGAAUGCGUGUUGAAGAAGUGAACGGAACAAGAACAACCAUCUCGAAUCUUGAAGGAGUCAUAUUUGACAUUACCCUGAAAUGACAGUCCGUCCUUCGACUCUCCUUUGUCGAAGUGCUUGAGUGGUUAUUCGUCAUGAAGUCCUGUGUAACUUCCUUUUAGCGGGAAAAUCGAAGUUCCGCAUCAUGAUGAGCUGGAGUUGUGUCAGUUGUAUCUCUGUAGAGGAGGAGGCACCACAGUAAGAACAUUAGCCGAUGAUGGUCUUUGAUUCAUGCGCCCAUUUGGUGUGGCUUUCUACUGUUCAACUGCUCCAUCCUUUAAGCUAAUAUAUAAGAUGUAAGAUGCGUGCUACAACUUUCUCGGACUAUCUAUCUAUCUAUCGGUGAGAUGACCAGACUGUGAAAGUUCCUGUGACAAGGAGUUGCUGAAAGCAGUGCCAUCAUGUAUGGGUUGCAGAUGCUUGGUCUGAACUCUGUAAAAGGCUCUGGAUUACCAUGAGUUUUUCGUGCUUGGUGCAGUAGCAUGUAAGUAAGCACCAACUGAACAGAAGAAACCUUCAGCACCCCCUUC